CGUGGCGUUUUGAUCACCACUUUACCCGGAACGUUGCUUGUUACGAAACGUCGCCGUAUUCUCUGUCUGCGCGAAUCCCUCUUCCUCUCUUCUUCCCAGAAGCUCCUUGACGAAAGAAGCUUCAAACCCUUGAUUUUUUUUUUUCUUGAUUCUGAGUGCAGGGUUCUUGUUGGCAUUAGUUAGUUUCUUUCCGUAAGUCUGCACGGCUUAUGAUCGGUGCUACUAACGCGUUUAGCUAAGACCUUGACUCUGCUCAGAAUAUGGCUCUAUAUAGUUCAUUGCAGCUGUCCCAUGGCUUCGGUCUCGUUAGAAAUCAAUGGUGCUAUAAGCCUGAUAAUAGUGCCAUCAGAAGGAGGCCGCAUGUAUCGAAGGUUCCUCUCUUAUUAGGUUCUCCGUUGGGGAAACAUGGUUUCAGGAACACUUUGCUGUCGGAUUACUUUCGUAGACCUAUUUGUUCAGUACCAUGCAGAACCGCCGCGUUUAGGUGUCAUUCGUUUUCUGCAGGAAGCAACGUCAUUGAACCUGCUAUUAAAGCUGCCACUUUGCUGCUAGCAAAGUCACACAAGUUAAUACAACAAUUCCCUCUUGUAUAUAAGUUGGUUCCAGCUGUUGCUCUUCUUAUUUUCUCCCUGUGGGGUUUAGUACCUCUUGUUCGCCAAGGACACAACCUAUUACUCAAUAAGAAUGAUAGCGGAUGGAAAAAGAGUGGUACCUACCAUAUUAUGACUUCGUAUGUUCAACCCUUGCUGUUAUGGCUAGGAGCUCUAUUCAUCUGCAGGGCAUUAGAUCCUAUUGUUCUUCCUACCGAAGCUAGCAAAAUUGUGAAAGAUAGGCUUUUGAAUUUUGUGAGGUCAUUGUCAACAGUACUAGCAUUUGCCUACUGCAUAUCGAGUCUUAUCCAACAAACACAGAAGCUCUUCUCAGAAACAACUGACCCAAACGAUACAAGAAAUAUGGGAUUUCAAUUUGCUGGGAAAGCAGUGUACUCUGCUGUAUGGGUUGCUGCUGUUUCACUUUUCAUGGAGUUGCUGGGCUUCUCUACACAAAAAUGGCUCACUGCUGGAGGUCUUGGGACAGUUUUGAUUACUCUUGCUGGCCGAGAGAUUUUGACAAACUUUCUUUCAAGUGUUAUGAUUCACGCAACGCGGCCAUUUGUUCUGAAUGAGUGGAUUCAGACAAAGAUUGAAGGUUAUGAAGUUUCUGGUACUGUGGAGCAUGUUGGCUGGUGGUCGCCAACGAUCAUAAGAGGUGAAGACCGUGAGGCAAUCCACAUCCCAAACCAUAAGUUCACAGUUAAUGUCGUGAGAAACCUUACUCAGAAAACUCAUUGGCGUAUCAAAACCCACCUAGCAAUCAGUCACUUGGAUGUUAACAAAAUAAAUAAUAUUGUGGCUGACAUGCGGAAAGUGCUGGCCAAGAAUCCUCAAGUUGAGCAGCAGAGGUUACACAGAAGGAUAUUCUUGGAGAAUGUCAAUCCAGAAAACCAGGCCCUAGUGAUACUAAUCUCUUGUUUUGUGAAGACGUCCCAUUUCGAAGAAUACCUAUGUGUAAAAGAAGCUAUAUUGUUGGACCUCCUUAGAGUCAUAAGCCAUCACCGAGCACGUCUAGCUACACCAAUACGUACAAUCCGAAAGAUGUACACAGACGCAGACAUGGAGAACGCACCAUUUGGAGAAUCAAUGUACGGUCCUGGAGGUGUUGCUUCUAGGCGUCCGUUGAUGCUUAUCGAACCUUCUUACAAAAUCAAUGGAGAAGACAAAUCGAAAUCUCAAAACCGUGCGUCAAAACCAACCUCAGAGCAAGAAAACAAGGCUUCCACCAGUCCAAAAUCCAAAGAAACACCUUCUCCAGACCCAAAAGCAAACGUGAAAGUUGGAGAAUCUGAUACCAACAAAACACCUGACGAAAAGCCAGGAACCAAACCGGCUACCAUCGCAAAGGAUACAACAGAAGCUUCAGGAGCUGAGAAACCAAAGGUCAAGAGAAGUGUUACCACACCAAAGAACGAUACUCAGAAGGAAACAACAGAUGGUUCAACGUCACCAGCGUCUUAUUCAGCCUUGGAAGAGAAUAUAGUGUUGGGUGUUGCGCUAGAGGGCUCAAAGAGAACACUUCCAAUAGAGGAAGAGAUGCAUUCUCCUCCUCCCACGGAAACAGAUGCUAAAGAACUCACCGGUGCUGCUCGGAGAUCUGGAAAUGGCACAUUGGUGGCUGAAAAGGAGCAGAAAGAUGACCAGUCUCAAACAAGCUCUAGUGAAAACAAUGAGAUGGAAAGAAAAUGAUUUCUUUUGUAUACACACAUUCUCUUUUGUAAUGCGAAUUGAUUGUUGAAUGAUUUACCCUCCACAAUUCUAGAAGCUGGGGGGUGAUAAAUUUACAUAAUUAAUAUAAGGGUGGUUUUUA